CGCCUUCCAGCUCUAUUUCUAUGCCUCUGCCGGUUCGCAGGGCCUUAGCUUUCAUGAGCACUGGAGAUGGACAUCGAGUCGGUGAGGUGCGCCUGCUGUAGCCUCAGAGAGGACUGCACCCAGGAAUACAUAGACAAUGUCAAGGGCAGCUUUGGGGGGAGAUGGCUCUGUGGCUUGUGCUCCGAGGCUGUAAGGGAUGAGCUCAGCAAACACAGGACCGGCCAGGGUAGAGUUGAAGAGGCUGUCAAGGCUCACAUGGAAUUCUGCAGGAUGACGCUGUCAAGCCCAGCUGUCCGGGUAGCCGAUGGCAUGAAGGAGAUGCUCAGGAGGAGGUCAGGGGACAAGAGGAGGCCAGCAACGCCAUCAAAAGCACACCCAGCAUAGCAAGGUAGGUAAGGGCUGUCGACAGAGAUGCUUCUAGUCGCCUUAAGGUCAGUGCAUCGAUGUGGGAGCCUCUCAAAUCUACUAAAUGUAUGUGUCCUACUAUAAGUAUAUUGUAUUUAUAUAUAAUACAGGCAGCAUGUCAACUGUAAAUAUGAGCGAUAUUAUUAAUCCGAGGUUUCAUGAUC